GCUUGAUUAUCUGUUAAAAAGUAGUUUCCGUGGAUAUUUCGUAGACCUCGUUUAGGAAAUCAUGCGUUUUCAGAUUCUCACUUUGGGAGCCGUUGCGGCCGUUGCAACUGCGGCUGUAACGUCCAAAUUGCCGAAACCGGAUAAGGAUGGACGGUAUACCAUCUCUGCGCCUGGUAUUACGGCCAAGUUCAUCCCCUAUGCCGCCACCUUGACGAACCUCUUCGUCAAGGACAAGCACGGCAUCGAGCGUGAUGUCGUCCUUGGCUACGACAACACCACUUUCUACCCCGUCGACCCCGGCCACCCCGUCUACAACGCCAUCCCCGGCCGCUACGCCAACCGCAUCGGCAACGGCACCUUCACGCUGGACGGCGUGACCUACCACCUCGAGAAGAACGACGGCCCCAACACGCUGCACAGCGGAACCAACAACUGGUCGUACCAUUUCUGGAACCUGACUGCGCUGACCAAGAACUCCAUCACCUUCUCGUACCACGAUGCUGCCUUUGCGGAGGGCAUGCCGGGCCGCGUGGACGCGAGUGUCACGUACACGUUGACGGCGAAUACGUGGCAUAUAUCAAUGUCUGCUGAGUCGCCUGAUGUGCGAACUCCAAUCAUGCUGACAGACCACACCUACUUCAACCUCGACGCCUUCGCCAACCCCGCCACGGACCUGAUAUGGAACCACACCCUCCACCUCCCCUACUCGCACCGCAACCUCGAAGCUGACUCCGCCGCACUCCCCACCGGCAACAUCCUCGAGCCCGAGGAGAACAGCACGGAUGACUUCUACUCCGCGCCCCACCAGCUGGGUUUCGCCUCCGGCAACGCGGAUUGGGUUAACCACUGCGGCGGCGGGUGCCACGGGUAUAACGGGCAAUUCCUCUUCGACGACAAUGUGCCCAAGGGAGCGGUGGUGGCAGAGCUGUCGAGCGCGUGGACGGGGAUUAAGGCGCAGUUGAGGACGAACCAGGCGGGUUUGGUGAUUUAUACGUGUAAUUGGAGUGAUGGGACGGCGCCGAUUAAGAGUACCCAGGGAUUGAAGGGGAGGAAGGCGGUGGUGAAUGGGGAUGGGUGUGUGGCGAUUGAGGCGCAGGAUUGGGUGGAUGGGAUUAACCACCCUGAGUGGAACAGAUUGGACAAGCAGAUCUUUGGCCCGGGCCAGGAGUACAAGUGGGAGAGCUCGUGGACGUUUGGGACGCUGUAGAGUGGUGGUGAGAAAGGGUUGCCAUGAGGCGAUAGCCGAGAUGUUGACGCGUAGAUUAGCCUCCCUUCUGUGUGGCGCUUGACGGUAUUGUCUUUACCUUCUG